UUUAUUUCGAGAAAAAAGAAAAACAAGAGAAAGAGGGAGAGAGAAAUAAAGAACAAUGGAAAAGCCGUAUAAUUAAGGGAGAAAACGCUGAAUCCUAACCUCAACUUUUUCCUCUCGCCGGCGCAUUCAUCGUCUCUCAUUGGCGACGCGACUGCCGAAAGGAUUAUAAUUUUUCAUCCCCACUAUUUUCCACAAAACACUCAAUUUGCAGGUAUUAGACUUCUGACUUGCUGUCUGAAUAGAUUCAGUGCGAUAUAUGUUAGCACUUAUAUUGGCGGUGAUGGUGGAGAAUUCUUCUUUUUGGGCGAGACACUGAUUUCAGAAUAGGUAACAUUUAAUUCACUCUUAUACAAACAUGUUGAGGGAGAGAGUUAGGCGGAUUGCACUAGCACCGGCUCAAGAGAAUAUUGAAAAGAUUAAGAAAGUUGUAGAGGAAGGCAACUACUAUGGUGCUCAGCAGAUGUAUAAAUCAUUUGGUGCAAGAUAUAUUUCAAGUGAUAGGUAUUCAGAAGCUUUGGAUAUUCUUCAGUCAGGUGCUUGCAUACAAUUAGAGAAUGGGCAGGUUACAUGUGGGGCUGAGCUUGCUGUCUUGUUCGUGGAAACACUUGUUAAAGGAAAAUUUCCUUAUGAUGACGACACUUUUGAUCGUAUCAGGAAAAUAUACAAGAAGUUUCCUCGGAUAUCUGUGCCGCAACAUUUGGACCUAGCUGAUGAUGAUGAUAUGCAGCAACUUUCUGAAGCUCUAGCAGCUGCAAAAACACGUGCUGAAGGUUGCUCAUCAUUUUUGAAGGCUGCUAUCAAGUGGUCUAUUGAAUUUGGAGCACACAGGAAUGGAUCUCCUGAAAUUCAUGACAUGCUAGCUGAUUACUUAUCCUCAGAGUCUCCUGAAUUGGAUAUGGCCAAAGUGUCAUAUCAUUUUGUUCGGGGGAAGAAUCCGAAGAAGUUUGCUUCAUCUCUAGUCAAUUUCAUGGGCAAGUGUUAUCCAGGUGAAGAUGAUCUUGCCGUUGCACGUGCAGUCUUGAUGUAUCUAGCUCUAGGUAAUCUGAGAGAUGCCAAUGUCCUUAUGGAUGAGAUGAAGAAGCAAGUGCAAGUUCGAGAGGUUGAUUUUCCUCGAUCAGAAUUAAUGCAGCUUAUCAAUUAUCUUCUAAAGACGUUGGAGAGAGAUGCUUUGCCUCUUUUCAACAUGUUGAGACAGCGUUACAAGUCAAGUAUAGACAGAGAACCUAUUUUUAAUGAAUUGCUUGAUGAGGUGGCGGAGAAGUUUUAUGGAGUACAACGUAGAAAUGCCAUGCCAGGAAUGUUUGGUGAUAUCUUUAAGAUGAUAUCAGGAGAAUAGGUGCCUUGAGAUUGAACUGGUAUGGUAUGAAUUUGUGGAUCAAGUUUUGUCCUAUGAACUGUUGAAAUUUGAAGAUGGACUGAAAAUUUAACUAUGGCAUUUGUUCUUACUGUUUUCCUAUUUUACAAUUAGACUUUUACAGUUUAAUAUUUAGUCAUAAAAUAACGACCACAUACGGAACUAUAUUUCCGGAUUCAAAUUUUAAUAAGUCUAUAGUAUUAAAUAUCAAUCUGGAUUAUUAUCUUU